AAAAAAUUAAGAUAUAUUUCUCGUUCAUCCAGAAAAAUAGCGUUUUCAUACGUUUUGAUUUAUGAUCUAUAAGUGUCAUAUUAACAGAUAUGUUUUUUCACAAUAAAUAUUCAUAUUCAAAAAGAUAAACAUAAUAAAAAGUUGUUUGGAUAAAAGGAAGAGACAGAAAAAUAAAUCAAAAAAGAAAUCAUUUUGUGGAUGAUCUUUUAAUGUGUUUGCAUGAAUAAAAUGUUCAAAAUAUUUAGAAUAUGAGUGAGGACCACACACGCGAGUAAAAUUUUAAAUAAAUACUUUUGGUCGUGACCUACAGUACUUAAUUUUAAAUUUCUGGAAAAAUCAAAAAAAAUGAUUAAAUGGAUUUUAUAUCGAGAUUGUGUUGUGUUCCGAGAAAAAAAAAUUAAUAUCGAUAUUCGACAGUAAAUAAUUUUAUGCUAUCAUCGUUAAUUAUUCGGGGAGUGCUUUCAACAACAAAUUUUUAAUGACAUUUUUUUGCUGUUGUACAUUUCACCAUCCACUGGCGCCUCAAUAUUUUUUGUAUGGUUGACUGAUGUAUGUUUAUAUUAAGUAUAUGCAUAGAACAUAUAUGUAGUGAUAUAUACGUCUGUUCGGGUAAUUAAUAUGGAAAAAAAUUAUGAAUUUUAGUGCAUUAAUUAAUUUAUUUCAAUUACGGAGUUUAAUGCAAAAGUUAUUUAAAAGCUCAAGAGUAUCCAAUUGAAUCAGUGCAUAAAUUUUAUGACAUAACAGCAAUUAUUGCGCCACUUGAUUUAAAAUAAUUUUUGAUUUAUGGAUUGUUCUGCAUUUACUUAUUAUUCAAUUUAAAUCCGGAACUGCAUUUAAUAUUUGCAUACAGUGGGCAUCUUUUGUUCUGAAAUGACCCACACAAAACAUUAUUUUAUUGCUAUUGUUAAAUUAGAACAAUAAAUUUAAGUACAAAAUGUUUCGAAGUUAUGAAGAAGUAUGUUUUAUUGCAUUACACACCCUCCUUUGCAUCAUUCCUUUAUCACAUUCAAAAUUAUAUCGGUUGCCAAAUGAUCACGAUUUUAAUAGAAUAAAUAUAAAUAGCGCCAAUAGUUUGCCAUAUUAUUUAAAAGUGCCAACAAAUGUAACCGCGAUUGAGGGUUCGAAUGUAAUUUUAUCAUGUCAUAUUGAAAAUUUAGGUGAUAAAAUGGUUUUCUGGAUCAGAAAUACUGAUUUACAAAUUCUAACCGCCGGAUUGGCAACGUUUUCAUCCGACACACGAUUUAGAGUUAAUCAUGAAAAUACAAUUGAUGAAAAGGAUUGGAGUCUGCUCAUCACAAAUGUUAGAUUAGAAGACGCAUCGACUUAUGAAUGUCAGAUAAAUACGGAAGUAAAAAUGAAGCUCAACAUAAAUCUUACAGUUAAAGAAUAUGUUGAGAUGAUGGAAAUGGAUUCACCUUUUCUUCCAAAUUACGGCGCAGCGAUUGAUGGAAAGAAUUUAAAUGUUUUAAAACGAGGACAAACGAUCACGCUCACGUGUAAAGUUUUAACAGAGCAUGAAAACAGUAACAAACAUUCCAGUCAAAUUGAUUGGAUGAAAGACGAAGAGCUCGUAAGCUUGAAGACGCGAAACGGCGGAAUAAGUAUCAAUACAGUGUGGUCUGGAAAGAGUGGUUCAAGCAAGCUCACACUAUCUGAGCUGCAAGAGAAUGAUGAAGGGAAUUAUUCAUGUACUUCAAAUGGCUUCGUAUCAGAUGCCGUCACGGUUAGAAUCAUUACAGGAAUAGAAGAGAAAUUCGAUCAGCUUGUCACAACAGAAAAUAAAGCAAAUAUCAGGUGUAUCAACUUAGCGAGUUUCGUUCAUAUAUUUACUCUAAUUCUAAUAAAUAUUAUUUAAGAUUAAGAAUAUAAUUUUUUAUGUAAAAUAUAAAAUCUAUCUACCUGCAAUAAAA